GGAAACCAAACUCUGUUUUAGAUCUACUUUACACAUAAUUUUAGUCAAUAUUAUAUUUUAACACAAUUUUCACUUAAUUUACAAACGAUGAGCCAAAACGAGUCCAAUAAGACUUACCUGGGAUUUGAUUUGAGUACUCAACAGCUGAAGGCAUUGGCUGUGAAUGACUCGUUGCAAGUCAUACACGAGUCUUGUGUUCACUUCGACACCGAUUUGCCUGAAUUCAGAACUCAUGGGGGAGUGAACCAAAACACAGACCAACAGACAGUGACUGCGCCCCCCGUCAUGUGGAUCAAGGCCUUUGAUUUGGUGUUAGAGAGGCUUAAGAUCAAUGGUAUUGAUUACAGUUCAGUGGCGGCCAUCUCGGGGUCGGGUCAACAGCACGGAAGUGUCUAUUGGAAGAGAGGGGCCAUCAAUACCCUCAAGAACCUCAAGUCCGAUAACUUUCUGCACAACCAAUUGUCUCAAUGCUUCUCAUGUCGUGAUUCCCCCAUUUGGAUGGACUCGAGUACAACACAAUACUGCAAACAAUUGGAGCAAUGGGUUGGCGGUCCCCAGAGAUUG